CGGAGCGACGCACAGUUCGUGCGCUGCGUGAGGCGAAUGCAAUAAGAAGCUUUCACGGGAGUCAGUGCGCAGGAAAGCAUCGUAUUUUCCGGCGUUAAGAGCUCAUAUCUGCGAUCUUCCAUCAUGCAUGUGGACUUCGAGAAGCUGCGGAUGAGCGGCGCGGGAAAAGCCAUCGCGGUUCUGACGAGCGGCGGCGAUGCGCAGGGUAUGAACGCGGCCGUUCGCGCUGUAACACGCAUGGGCAUUUACGUAGGCGCUAAAGUUUACCUGAUUUAUGAGGGUUAUCAAGGCCUGGUGGAUGGAGGAGAUCACAUCAAACUCGCCAACUGGCAGAGCGUCACCAACAUCAUUCAGCUGGGCGGCACCAUCAUCGGCAGCGCCCGCUGUAAAGCCUUCACCACGCGUGAGGGCCGUCUGUCCGCGGCGUUUCACCUGCUCCAGCGCGGCAUCACUAACCUGUGUGUGUGCGGCGGAGACGGCAGCCUCACCGGAGCCAACAUCUUCCGCAGCGAGUGGAGUGACCUGCUGGCUGAACUCGUGCAGCAAGGCCGGAUCACGGACACUCUGGCACAGCAGCACACGCAUCUGAACAUCGUGGGUCUGGUGGGAUCCAUCGAUAAUGAUUUCUGUGGAACCGACAUGACGAUCGGAGCUGAUUCUGCUCUGCAUCGGAUCAUGGAAGUUAUUGAUGCAAUCACCACCACGGCACAAAGUCAUCAGAGGACGUUUGUGCUGGAGGUGAUGGGACGCCACUGCGGGUAUCUGGCGGUGGUUUCCGCUCUGGCGUCUGGUGCCGACUGGCUCUUCAUCCCGGAGGCUCCGCCGGAGGACGGAUGGGAGGAUCACAUGUGCGCUCGACUUGGAGAGAGCCGCAGUAAAGGCUCUCGUCUGAACAUCGUGAUCAUCGCAGAAGGAGCCAUCGACAAACACGGCCAGCUGAUCUCCUCCAACUACGUCAAAGACCUGGUGGUUCAGCGGUUGGGUUACGACACGCGGGUCACUGUCCUGGGCCACGUUCAGAGAGGAGGAACGCCAUCCGCCUUCGAUCGAGUCCUGAGCAGUAAGAUGGGUGUGGAGGCCGUGGUGGCUCUGCUGGAGGCGACUCCGGAGACGUCUGCGUGUGUGAUCGGUCUGUCUGGGAAUCAGGCCAUGCGUCUGCCGCUCAUGGAGUGCGUGAACAUGACGAAAGAGGUUCAGAAAGCCAUGAACGAGAAGAGGUUUGAAGAAGCCAUUCAGCUGCGUGGAAAGAGUUUUGAGAACAACUGGAACACGUACAAGCUUUUAGCUCAUCAGAAACCAGCUCUGUCUAAGAGUAAUCACUCUAUGGCGAUCCUGAACGUCGGUGCUCCGGCCGCGGGGAUGAACUCCGCUGUGAGAUCCGCGGCUCGAGUGGGACUCGCUCACGGUCACCGGGUUUACACCGUCCACGACGACAACAAGCCACAGGCUGCAAGAUGUUUCAUAAGUUGCUUGGUUUCUGUGUCUGUUCUAACUCUUCCCAACUCCUGCAUGGAGAACAUCGUGGCCAAUAUCUGCAAAUACAACAUCCAGUCGCUGCUGGUGAUUGGUGGAUUUGAGGUACGAAGAGUUCUGCAGCUGGUUGAGGCUCGAGGCCGCUAUGAUGAACUGUGUAUCGCUAUGUGUGUGGUUCCCGCCACCAUCAGCAACAACGUGCCGGGCACAGACUUCAGUUUGGGAGCAGACACAGCCGUGAACGCCGCCAUGGAGAGCUGUGAUAAAAUCAAGCAGUCUGCAUCUGGAACCAAACGCCGCGUCUUCAUCGUGGAGACCAUGGGCGGAUACUGCGGUUACCUAGCAACCACCACCGGCAUCGCCGUGGGAGCAGACGCCGUCUACAUCUUUGAGGAGCCGUUCAACAUCCACGAGCUGGAGACAAACGUGGAGCAUCUGACAGAGAAAAUGAAGAAUGAUAUUCAGAGAGGACUAGUGUUGAGGAAUGAGAAGUGUCACAAGCACUACACCACUGAUUUCAUCCACAAUCUCUACUCCGCCGAGGGCAAAGGCGUCUUCGACUGCAGGGUCAAUGUUCUGGGUCACCUGCAGCAGGGCGGCGUUCCCACUCCAUUCGACAGGAAUUUUGGCACUAAACUGGGAGUGAAGUCAGUUCUGUGGCUCACAGAGAAGAUGAACAACACAUACAGACAGGGCCGUGUGUUUGCGAACGCUCCAGAUACGGCUUGCGUGAUCGGCAUGAAGAAGAAAGUGAUGUCGUUCAGUCCCGUCACCGAACUCAAAGCGCACACCGAGUUUGAACACCGGAUGCCGCAGGAGCAGUGGUGGCUCAAUCUGCGGCCCAUGCUCAAGAUGUUGGCCAAAUAUCAGACCAGUUUUGACGAGUAUGUGACCGGAGAGAUCGAACAUGUGACGCGCCGCACACUGAGCAUGGAGACCGGAUUCUGAACGGCUGCUCACUCCCUUCAUCCUCAUCAUCAUGCCACAUUAACCCUGCAUACCUCUGAGCCAAUAAAUCCCAUCAUACUCAUAACUGCAUUUAUAUGCUGCAUAGAACACGUUAUUAACAGAUCAUCAGUGUUUAUGAACUACAUUCAUCUUGAAAUGUUAAAGAACAGAUGUUGUGCUCGUGCUUCAGCCCGUCUGCUGUGCCUUUGUCUUGUGUUUAUUAGUUUUUAACAACUGGCCUGUUAUAAUAUUUGCUUCUUUAUAUUUCGACGGUUGUGCACGUUUGACGCAGCUGGAUGGAGUUUGAGUUUGUGUAAAAGAUGAAAUAGUGAAAUGUGUUUCUGAAUGAUCUUGGAGUUGAUUUUCUGGUUUUUGGACAAUCUUUUCAUCUUUCUGUUGUGCAGACUGUUUUUUGGCUAUUUGUGUAUUAUAAUCUUUUCUGUCAUUAUUUAGCUGUUGUUUCCUUAUUCCAGAAUCAUUGAUUUGUUUGAGUGUCUGCCGUUGAAUUAUUACUGAAUUGUGACUGAAUUAUUGUGCUCUUCUCAGUAUUCUCUGACCUGUAGAAAUGCUGCCAAUUUUUACCCUCAUAUCAUGUUUACAGAUGAAUAUGUUAGAUUUGCAUGUCUCAACUUUUUAAGAUGUGCUUUAGUGAUUAAACCUGACCAAAUAAAUAUAGAUAUUUUCUGCUG